AGGUUCCAGAGUAAAUAAGUUAUAUAGAAGAGUUUAAUGAAAAAAAAAGAGAAUAUUAUCCAAAAUAACAAUAAAACCCAUCAAAUAAGGAGGAAAAAAGGAAUUUUAAUCAGAUUGUAUUUGGGUACCUUUAGCUACAGGUUUCAUACCUUCUGUCACCAUCUGAUUCCCUAGAUUUUUGCAUGCCCUCAAUUCUCCUUUUUUCUUUUUCCUUCUUCUGAAUGUUCUCAAGUGGAUAUUAGGAUACCGUUCCUUUUCUCUACAUGGGAUAUUUAGUUCCAAAAUAAUUAGUAGUACAAUACAAAAUGAUAUCUGUUUCCCAUGUUAUCAUGCAGCUUGUGACUACCCAUAUUUUUUUUCCUUGCAUACUUGUGUUAAUAUGUUGGAAAAAAAAAUGAUUUAACAUUUUUCCUUGUAGACUAUUUUUGGUUAUCAUGAAAUUUUUUGCUCCCCUAGUUAAUGCAUGCUGAUAAAGGAGACAUUAUGUUAUUUGAGAUUGUGCAUUGUACAUCCCUUCUACCAAUAUGUAUCAUAAAAUGAUUAUGUAUAAGCCAUGUGUAUGCCAUCAAGAGAAAGGAACAUUGGAUUUAGUGGUGGUGAAAGACUUGUUAUUCUGCAAAUAUCUUCUCUUAUACAUAUAAAGAUCCCUAUCUUGUUGAUUCUUUUCCUUUCUCUUCUUUAAGUAACAUUUGGCUCUGCCAUUCGAAAGAUAGAAAUGAGGAAAAUCCUUUAGUUGGCAGUCAUACCUCUUCGGGUUAUGCAUUUCCUCAAAUAGAGACUAGUCCAGAAGUUUCAUCUUUAUGGGCAUUAUAGAGGGGGAAUCGAACAGUCCUCCUACAAAAGGCCAUAAGUUUCUAACCAGUUUUUUAUAUAGAUUCUUGCAGGCACUUUUCUAAUCAUUACUUCACCCACUUUAUUCUCUUCCACAGCCCUUUAUUUACCCACUUUCCUUCUUCCUUAUACCAUAACCCCUUCAGCUCUGCCCUUGGCUCUUGCAAAACGAUGGCAACUAUUCCCAGCAUGAAACGAUCUCUCCUUUGUAGUUCUCUUCUCUUUCUUCUUUUCUUCUGUCAUCACUCUUCUUCCCAAAAGGACUGUCCAAACUGUGGCUCCAUACAGGUCCCAUAUCCUCUAAGCACAAACCCCAACUGUGGUGACCCAGACUAUUCACUCCGCUGUGAUGGCGACUCCCAGAAACUCUACUUUGAUGGCCUUAAUGGGAGCUCUUAUCUUGUUCUCAGAAUCAUGGCUUCAUCUCAAAGGAUGGUGGUGCAACCAUCACCAUGGCUGCCUGGCACAUGUGUUACUCAAGACAUGCCAGUGAGUGAGGGCCUCUGGUUAAACCAGACACGCCCCUUCAAGAUCACCUCAUCCAACACAAUCUUCCUCUUCAACUGUUCGCCUCGCCUCUUGGUCUCACCUCUCAAUUGCACACCUUCUAGUCUUUGCCACCACUACCUGGAGAGCUCAGGUCAUGUUGACAGAAAGCGUGCUCUUCAGUGUGCAAGUGGUCUUGAUCCCUGCUGCACUUUCGUGGCAGGUGGUAUGCCUUCUGCGUACAAGAUUCGACUUCACAGUUCGGGUUGUAGAGCAUUUAGAAGCAUCCUUGGUUUGGAUCCAGAAAAACCUCCAAGUCAAUGGGAAGAAGGAUUAGAGAUUCAGUGGGCUCCUGCUCCAGAACCAGUUUGUAAAACACAACUUGAUUGCACCAGGGAUUCCAAAUGUUCUCCUGCUGGUGGAAAAGGUCUCUUGCGCUGCCUCUGCAAUAGGGGUUACUACUGGGACCUUGCUCGGGGUACUUGCCUGAAAAAGGAGAAAAACUCCAAAUUGGCCAUUAGCCUGAAGGUUUCAAUAGGAGUAGUUUCCUUUUUCUCUCUUGCUGUAGCAAUUGCUGCAGUCACAGUGAGGAGAUCUGGGAAAUUUUCUAACCAGGAAAAGCUCGUCAAGGCAAGAGAAGAAAUGUUGAAGUCAAGCAUGGGUGGGAAAUCUGCAAGGAUGUUUUCCCUGAAAGAGGUAAAGAAAGCAACAAAUGGGUUUUCUAAAGACAGGGUUUUGGGAAGCGGGGGCUUUGGAGAAGUAUACAAGGGUGAGCUUCAUGAUGGCACCAUUGUGGCAGUCAAGUCAGCCAAAGUUGGCAACCUCAAAAGCACUCAGCAAGUACUGAAUGAAGUUGGGAUCCUUUCUCAAGUCAACCACAAGAACCUGGUUAAACUACUGGGUUGUUGCGUGGAAGCUGAGCAGCCACUGAUGAUCUACAAUUACAUUCCAAACGGGACCCUCCAUGAACAUUUGCAUGGUAAGCGUUCCACUUUUCUGAAAUGGGAUACCAGGCUGCGAAUUGCUCUACAAACUGCUGAAGCAUUGGCUUAUCUGCACUCUGCUGCACACACCCCCAUCUACCACAGGGACGUGAAGUCAACAAAUAUACUUCUAGAUGAAGAUUUCAACGCAAAGGUGGCAGAUUUUGGGCUAUCCAGAUUGGCUGAGCCAGGGCUAAGUCAUGUGUCAACUUGUGCUCAGGGAACACUCGGGUACUUGGACCCUGAGUACUAUCGCAACUACCAAUUAACAGAUAAAAGCGAUGUUUACAGUUAUGGGAUUGUGAUGCUUGAACUGCUGACUUCUCAGAAGGCAAUCGACUUCUCCCGGGAGCCAGACGAUAUAAAUCUAGCAAUUUAUGUGAGCCAACGAGCCAGUGAUGGUGCAGUAAUGGGAGUUGUGGACCAGCGGUUGCUUGGACAGAAUCCUUCUGUUGAGGUGAUAACAAGCAUAAGGCUCUUCUCAGAGCUUGCCCUUGCCUGUCUGAGGGAGAAGAAGGGGGAGAGGCCUAGCAUGAAGGCCGUGGUUCAAGAACUUCAACGCAUAAUCAAAAUUGUGGAUAAAGAAGAGGUUUUUAGUGAGGCAAGUGCUUCAAAAAUAUGAAUGCAGUAUGAUACUUAGUGUACUUGGCAAUAAAAAAAAAAAAUAGAUGUAUUUGGAUAUAGUUAAUGUUUGAAUAUUCAUGUUUGUAAGGUGGAAAUAAUGCAAAGCAAGACCCUUAUUAUGAGUUGUGGUAGGAUACAGAAGCUAAAGUGAUUCCAAGAUGGAUUUGGGUGGGGGGUGGAAAGACAAAAGAAAAAGUUGGGGAUCAGAUGCUUACUUUGCACAGAAAGUAUGAAAUGAGCCAAAAGACAUGGAAUUUCCGGAGAUGGGUGACUGGAAUCUCUUGGGAUUUACUUGGAUUGCACACUUGGGGCCUGGGGGGAAAAGCAAGGUUGCUUUUGUGAAAUGGGGAAGGCAUUUUGUAUACAAAGUAUGAAUUGAAAAUUCAGACUUGUUAAAUGGA